AUGUACGAGUUCUCGGUAUUGGCGAUGCUGUUGGCAGGCCUACAGCAGGUGCUCGGCGCCACGGCAGCAGCCACUACACUAAGUCAACGGGAUACAGAUGCGCCAGCGCCAGCCCAGCCCAAGCUUAUUUCUACUUGGGAUAUUCAAUCGUCUGCAAAGACGGGCCAGGAUGUGGCUGCUCUGUCUAUCGCGUGCGUCGAUGUGUCGUCUUGGUAUCACAUUGAUGCGUCUCGAUGCACUCUCAUGGGAUGUCUAAUCGACGCCGGGAUAUAUAAUGACUCGAACUUGUUCUUCUCUGACAAUCUUGUCAAUUUUGACAGGUCUCAGUUCUCUGUUCCUUGGGUAUAUCGAUAUGAGUUCUCAUCAAGUCCGAGUGACGGACAGCACUACUUUCUUGAGAACAAUGGCAUCACCUCCAAGGCCGACAUCUACCUAAAUGGACAACAGAUUGCAAACAGUACUUCUCAGGUCGGAGCAUAUGCUGGCCACACCUACGACAUUACCAGCUACUUGUCCCAAGACAAUGCUCUUGCUAUUCAGGUCUAUCCUACCGACUACAACUACGACUUCGCCCUGGGUUUCGUGGACUGGAAUCCUUAUCCCCCUGACAAUGGCACGGGAGUGUGGCGCGAUGUGUUUAUCAAGCAGACGGGUCCUGUGGCUUUAUCCCCAUUAAGAGUCACUACUGACUUCCAACUACCUGCAGGUGAUAAUCCUGCGACAGUGACGCUCUUGUCAACUGUGCAGAAUUACGAGGAUUGUGAAGUCACUUUCCAGGCAGAAAGCAUCGUGUUCGGAAAUGGGACAGAUCAAAUCUUACAAACCCAGUCAUUCGCCUACACAGUUGGCCCAUUGGCUUCUUUGGACAUUAAUCUGACACAUGUCGUUGAGGAACCAGCAAUUUGGUGGCCAAAGGUAUGGGGAGAACAACCACUCUACUCCGCAAAGCUGUCCCUCUGGGUGGAUAAUGCGACAUCAGAUGCCGUCGAAAAGACCUUUGGCAUACGCAAGGUGACCUCCGGCUUGAACCAGUUCAACGACACGUCCUUCAGCAUCAAUGGAAACGCCUUCCAGGUCCUCGGUGGCGGCUACUCGUCCGACAUGUUCCUCCGAUGGGACAGCGCCAAGUUCACGACACAGGUCGAGUACAUGCUCGACCUCGGCUUGAAUACGGUCCGCCUCGAGGGCAAAAACGAGCACCCAGAGCUCUACGAUAUUGCCGAUCGCAUGGGUCUAAUGGUGCUGGCCGGCUGGGAAUGCUGCGACAAAUGGGAGGCCUGGUCAUAUAAUGAGGACCUUGCUGUCAAGGACGAGUGGUCCGUUGCCGACUACAGCACAGCCAAUGCGAGCAUGAGACACGAGAUUUCAAUGCUACAGAAUCACCCGAGUAUUCUCGGAUACUUGAUUGGCAGCGACUACUGGCCAGAUGAUAGAGCCACGGCAAUCUACCUUCAGGCUUUCAAAGAGUUGAAUUGGCAGAAUCCAAUCAUUGCUUCGGCGUCUUUGCGGGGCUACCCGGGAGAACUUGGCCCCUCUGGAAUGAAGAUGGCCGGUCCCUAUGACUGGGUACCACCCAACUACUGGUACGAUGUGAGCGACACUGAAGAUCAUCUUGGAGCUGCAUUCGGAUUCGGAUCCGAGCUCGGUGCCGGCGUGGGCACGCCAGAGCUUGGCAGUCUCGAGAAGUUCUUGACCCAGGAAGAUCUCAAUGAUCUCUGGAAGCAGCCUGAUAAGGGCUUGUACCACAUGUCGACCAAUGUAUCUUCAUUCUAUAACCGCAAGAUCUACAGCGACGCAUUGUGGGCAAGAUUGGGCGAGCCGACGUGCUUGGACGACUAUCUUAUCAAGACUCAGAUCAUGGACUAUGAAGCGACGAGAGCCCAGUUUGAAGGCUAUUCCUCAUAUCGAGAUGCCGAAAGACCAGCCACGGGCAUGAUCUACUGGAUGGUCAACAAUGCCUGGCCCAGUCUUCACUGGAACCUCUUUGACUACUACCUCCGCCCGGCCGGCUCCUAUUUUGGUGCAAAGAUGGGAAGCAGAGUCGAGCACGUCGCUUACGAUUAUGUCCAGAGUUCUGUGUAUCUCAUCAAUCACUCGCUUGACCGUCGAGGUUCGCGUUCCGUAGCGGUCGAUGCGAUUGACCUGAAUGGUAAUUCCAUCUAUAGCACGAGCUUGACCAUGGCCACUCAGCCGUAUACAAGCAAGAGUGUACUCGUGGUUCCGGAAAUCUCUAGUAACACUACCGUCAUGUUCCUCCGCCUGGUCCUGACGAAUGAGGAAAACGCAGCGGUGAGCAGAAAUGUAUACUGGUUAACAUCAACCGUCGACACGCUAGACUGGGAAAACUCGGACUGGUACUACACUCCCGUCACAAACUAUACCGACUUUACUGCCCUCGAUGCGCUGCAACCUGCGAGCUUGACGGUUUCAACCACAGAAUGCGACAAUGGCUAUGGUGCCAUCGUGGUUCUUGAGAACCUUUCCGACGUGCCCGCGUUCUUUGUCAAUCUCAACUUGGUCGACGCUGCCGGUAAAGACAUAUUACCAGUGACCUGGACAGACAACUACGUCACGCUGUGGCCCAGAGAAAAGCUCGAGGUACAAGUCAAUUCACCCAGCGCAAGUGCAAAGAGUAUCGUGGUCAAGGGAAAGAAUGUGGAGCAACUUCAAAUCUCCGUACUAUAG